UGUAAUCAAUUAUUUCUUUCUGCUUUGGGAUAUUUUGCAGGUGAAAUGACCAGCACACAUUUUAAGCCCUGCCUUUGCUCAGAAAGAGGUUCCCAACCAGGCUCCAGCAGGAGGGGGGGGAAUUUAGGUCUGCUUGGAGCUGCUUGCUGUGGGAAGGGGCAAGUGCGAUGGCAAACGACAUUCAUUCAGCUGCUAGGAAUUCUGUAGGGUCCUCCUGCAUUGAGCUUUCCAAGCCACAGAAUGUCUUGCUGCCAACCCAGCUUUGCUCCAGGGGCCGAGUGUUCAUGAGCAAGUUUCACAGGAAGACAGCAACCCGGAGAAAAGGCACUGAGCUGCUUGCCUGUGCUUGGAUGUUGGGGCAUCCAUGCUCUAAGGCUUUCCCUGCUAGCAACAGCCCCAGAGGCCAGUUCCAUCUUUGGCCAGGUCUCUGUCCAAUGUUUUGACAGGUACCCUCUCUAUCUUACCAUGGAAAAGUUGGUCUUCUGCCUCGUGAUGAUGAGCACCGUGUCUGUGAGGGCCCUGAUGUGUCCCAUGCGCUGCAGCUGCCAGACAGUGUCUCCAUCUUUCACCAUUCUUUGCACGAAGAAUGGGCUGCUCUUUGUUCCUCCCGCCAUUGACCGACGGACAGCAGAACUCCGGCUGAUGGAUAAUUUCAUCACGACUUUGCGAAGGAUGGAUUUUGCAAACAUGACAGACCUGAUCCAUUUAACGCUAUCACGAAAUACAAUCAGUCAUAUUAUGCCUUAUGCAUUUUUUGAUCUUAAAGGCCUUCAUGCAUUACACCUGGAUAGUAACCGACUCACCUAUAUUGAUGAGGAUCAUUUCAAAGGAUUGAUUAACCUUCGCCACUUAAUUCUCAGUAACAACCAGUUACAUUAUAUUUCACCUGGAUCUUUUGAAGAUUUCAUUGACAUAAUUGAGGAUCUAGAUCUAUCCUAUAAUAAUCUUGUUAAGAUCCCCUGGGAAACUGUCGGGAGGCUUUCAAAUGCCAAUACUAUUAGUUUGGAUCAUAACCUCAUAGAUUUUGUUCCCGAAGGCAUCUUCUCCGAUCUUCACAAACUAGCUCGGCUGGACAUGACUUCUAACCAGCUGAGGAAGAUCCCCCCCGACCCUCUUUUCUCCCGCAUUCCCGUCUAUGCCAAGCCCAAGGGUACCCCUCUAUCCUCUCUGGUAUUGAGCUUUGGAGGGAACCCACUACACUGCAACUGUGAGCUAGUAUGGCUACGGCGCCUGACUAGGGAAGAUGACCUGGAAACCUGUGCUUCCCCACCUGAGCUGACGGGCAGGUAUUUCUGGUCUAUUAAGGAGGAGGAAUUUGUCUGUGAACCACCAAUGAUUACUCACAGAACAGCAAAGCAAACGAUCACGGAAGGACAGAGUGUUUCCUUGAAGUGUAGAGCAGUAGGUGAUCCAGAACCAUACAUACGAUGGAUUUCACCAGGAGGAAAAUUGGUCUCCAACACUUCCAGAGCAAUUUCCUAUGAGAAUGGGACUUUGGACAUUUUAGUGACUUCCACGGAAGACCAAGGCAUGUAUACUUGUAUAGCAUCCAACGCUGCAGGGGAGUCCACUGCACCAGUUGAACUUGCAGUCAGCUCAUAUCCUCAUCUUGCUAACAGCACAAACUCUGGCAAAGAAGCUGAGGCGGGUCCAUCGGAUAUUCUCAUUUCAGCCAAGUCCAGUUUCUCUAACGAAACCAAAUCUCGCCAAGAGAGGAAAGUGGCCAUUGCUGAGCUGACCUCGUCCUCUGCCCUCAUCCAGUGGCCUUCACAGCACCAUAUUCCUGGGAUGCGAAUGUUCCAGAUCCAGUACAACAGUUCUGCUGACGAUAUCCUGGUGUACAGGUACGCAUUCCUACCAGGCUUGUUUCAAGGUUAUUUCUGGCACAGUGGCAGUGGUGGGAAGCUUGACAAUCAGGAGUAA